GACAGACUGAAAUGAUCUUCACCCCCUUAUAACAAGACACAAAAUGGGUUGCGGCUCUUCAGGCAACGUGGUGCCAGUCCAAGAGGAUGCCAGCAAUGGUCAUAGCAAGGUUACGAAUGGAGUGAAGGGGUUAAAUGGUCACCAUGACAAUGACCAUGACAGCUUACCUACUGUAGUCCUGCCAGAGACCCCUAUAAAGCCUAAACCUCGAAAUCUUUUUCCAGCGGUGGCCUUCGAGAUCCCCCUGGACGAGUUCGAUGCUACCCGCAAGGAAUCAACCCCUCCCCCCCACCUUCAGAGGCUGUUACAGCCCCCUCAGCCGGAGAUCAGCCUGCCAGAUAUUGAGGAGAAGCUGGCUGAGGCGGAGCAAAGGAGGCUGUCGAUUCUGCAACAGAGGGCAGCAUCGGCGCAAAAACGGUCGCAGAGGAUGAUGAAGUCUCUACAUGAAAUGGAGAGGCUGGAUUCUGAUCGGGAGCACCCUGAGACGGGGAAGCACGGCCCCAACGCACUUACCCUCCCGCCCGAGCCGGGAGUCUGUGAGGACAAAUACAUCACUUAAUUUUUAAUUAUUUUAAAUAAAUAUAAGAUGAAAAUCAUGGACAAUCGACGCCAAUAUAAUUCCAGAAGAAAAAAUUGUAGUCUGAUAAAGAUCAGCCAGCUAAACGCCAAAAUGUGUAUUGUGGAAUUAUUGUGGAAUUCGUUUGUUCCUUCAUUUCAACCUCGAUAUCUACUGUUGAAAAAAGGCAUUUAUCAAAGAUUUCCUCAACGACUGUUGGAACUUUUAUAGGGUUAUGUCAUGGUGAAAUUGUUAACUCCGUCAGUUUAUAAUAUAACGCGUGUGAUUGUAAACUUAGGCUGGGUUGCACCAUCUUACUUUAAGUUUGACAAACGUCAAAAAUCUUUCAAACUCCAUACAAAAAACACCGGUUAUCGUCAAAGUUACGGUCAAAGUUAGGUGGUGCAACUCAGCCUUACAGUAGGUUUGGAUUGUAAUCUAACUACCUACGUCACAUUAUAAUAUGUCGAAAUUCACAAUUUUAGGGUGAAAGUUAACAAAGAUUUAUUAUUAAAUUCACAAUAAACGUCUUGAAAUGAAGUACUGUCGAAUUAUAUUCGCGUCGACUAGUUAUAAGUUCCUAUAUCAUGUAUUGUAUACCAAGUAUUGUUAGGUGCUUUCUUUAAUUAUGAAAAUGUAGUCUUAGAUAUACAAAUAAGUUUUAACAUUCAAAAGCUAGUUGAAGUUAUAUUAUUGUGACGUCAGUGGUGCUUUGCAAAAGCUUGAUUAAAAAAAAAAGGUUUAAUGAGUUUCAAUGCACUUUUUUGAAAAAUUGUAAAUACAUCCAUCCAUAUCCAAUGGUUACUGUUGCUAGCAGUAUUUUAUUAUUAUUAAUAAUAAGUGUUUUUAUUUUUAUGUGCUUAAGUGUUGA